UGCAAGCAAUUUACAAUACGAAAUGCUCUGUAGUAAGAACUGACAGAUGUAUGUCUAAUCUUCGUUAUUUAAACAUUCCUAAUGCAAUAGUAAUUUUGAAUAUAUCGAACAUGUGGCCACUACGUUCUACAAACAGAUAUUUAAAAAUCAUUUACUGCAUAUUUUUGUAACUCACGUUCAUGUACCAGAAUAGGACUCUAGGAUUUAUGAGUAGGACAGCCAAAGUGUCAUUAGGUCCUUACUCAAAUUAUUUCGCAACAACCUUUUUGUGCAUGUCACAUUUGACAGCAUGAUGAAACGCGAUAAAGAUUUUUUCCUUCAGCGAUAUCGAGAAGGCUAUUAUGUCGAAUUCGUAAGAUGAGCAAAUGGGUACGUGCCUCUUGAUAACACUGAAACUAAUCAGGAUUCACGUUUACUAGUUUUAAUGCUCUUACAGUAAAGGAUAUACUGUUUACCUCUUUCACUGCUGCCUAAAGGACUUCUCAGCGGAGAAUAAUGGAGAUAAAGCACCAUAAAAUUCAAGAGCUUUAGUAGGAAUGACUUCUGGUAUAAUGUCCGUUAGUGUACUACAAAAUGAAAAUGUAGCCUGCGAAGGCAAGAAUGACGUGGCUGUAGGUGCUCAGCCGACUACUAGAGGCGGUCUUAGAGUAUACAAAAUAGUGGUUCUAGGAGAUGGAGGAGUGGGAAAAUCAGCCGUUACUUUGCAAUUUGUCACACAUAGUUUCUUGGAUUAUCAUGACCCAACUAUAGAGGAUUCUUAUCAGCAGCAAGCUGUCAUAGAUGGGGAGGCUGCACUUUUAGAUAUUUUGGAUACUGCUGGACAGGUUGAGUUUACUGCAAUGCGUGACCAAUACAUGCGGUGUGGAGAAGGAUUCAUGAUUUGUUAUUCUGUAACAGAUAGACAUAGUUUUCAAGAAGUCUUGGAGUAUAGAAAAUUAAUAUCUCGUGUUCGCAUUCACGAGGACAUCCCAUUGGUACUGGUUGGCAAUAAAUUUGAUUUACAGCAUCAAAGAAAGGUGACAACCGAAGAAGGAAAAGCACUUGCUGAUCAGCUCGGUUGUCCAUUUUAUGAAACAUCGGCAGCUCUCAGACAUUUUAUAGACGAUGCAUUCUACUCGUUAGUAAGACAAAUUCGGGCUAAAGAAAGAUCACGUGGACCAGUCCGUAAGCAUAGUCGCUGGUGGCGCUUUCGAUCAAUUUUUGCCUUUAUCUUUCGAAAAAGGCACAGAAACAGUCCUCGUUACUCUCCUUAAAAAAAAAUGAAACUUAACAUUUCUCUAAUAUACAUUAAUGUUUUGCUUAAUUUUGAAGCUUUAAACGGUAAUCACUUAUUACAAGAAUCACUGCCUGUCGAUUUAUACUGUUGAUAGCCUUUUGUGUAGAAUUGUUUGUAACAUAAGAUCCAUGAUCCGCACAUUGAAUUCUUAAAACGACGCUUAUUUGUUAAAUACGUUUAGGUAUUAAAUACCGUUUCCGUCUUUAUUGCAUUUAUACAAUACGUGUAUGUAUAAUAUUUAUUGUCUGCUUAUUAUUUUAAUUGUUUUACAGUUUCAAAAUUAUUCUAUUUUAAAUUUUAUAUGAUUUUCUAAAAUCAAUGCAUGAUCAAAAUUAAGCCAAUGACUAAAAAUUAUAUAAUUUUGUGAGACAAAUGGUUUUUUAGAGAGAAGGCGUAAAGUAGUUUCUAACCGAUAUUGUUCAAAUAUGUUUAUAUUAUUUAUACGUUAAAGUCAGAAUCAUAUUUCUGAUCUUGUUAAUUGUAUUAAUUCGCAGGCAGUGACGUACUAGUGUAUGUUGCAAUUUGCGUAUGUAUGUAUUCGCGUACAAGUUGAUAUUUAUGAAUAUUUUACAAAGUAUUUUUAAUUUAAUUUAUAGUAAUAUAUAAUUGUUAAAACAGUAAUAUAUUGAUCGUUGCUUUGCUAUUCAAUCUUAGACGGCAGUACUCGGCCGUGUCGAUGCGUAUUACGCAAAAUUGUAAUACGCAUAUCUAGUCGCAACUUAAUAUUAUCCUAGUCAUCUUUUGCAUUUUGUUACACAAAUAUCUAUUGAUUUUAAAUUGUUAAUGUUAGCUAUGCGUCUUUUAGCGCAGCUUCUAAUGCAAGUCACAAAGCACGUGCGUAUCAGUGAAAUUACAUAGGUACUACGCACACAGUUGAAAUAAUAUUUUUAAAUCCCGAAAUUAAUUAUAACGAAAAGUUUUGUUAUUAAUGAAAUACAUAUUACAUCUUAGGAAGUUUGGGAAAAAUAUUGAAAAUGUUACAUUCGUUUUUUACUGUGAAGAAUAUUUUUAGGUAUUUUCAUAGCCUUUAUCUACAUUCGUACAUACCAGUAUUUGCUAAACAAAGAAGAAAUCUGCGUACGUGUAAUCGAGUCUUUGAAUGCGUAGCUUCAUGCUUAAAUGAUAAUUAGAUUUAUAAGUAAUUUAUAAUCAAUAGUACAUAUAAAAAUAAAAUAGAUCCCUGUAGUCACACAGAUUUGAUGUUUCGAAACAGACGUACCUGUACUUUCAUGUACUCUUCCAUCAUUGAUUAAAAAGGUAUUUUAUAACACAAUAUCAUAUCUGUUAGAACUUUGGACGACAAAUUGGAUGAGGUGAGCGCUUAAAGGAUUUAUGUUUGACAUAAAUAUUGCUACAAAAAAGCAACACUUGAUUAAAUUUAAUAUCGUCAUUAACAGAUUUUCUGUAAGAGGUAGCCCAAAUGUUACUAGGGGUGACAGUAGAAGCAUUCGUUAGACAAGAAAAAAUAUGCAAUAAAAUAUAACAGCUGCUUCAUUUAAAAUAUCACAUUGUAGUGAUAUAAUUAAUGUAACAGUAGAUACAUGACUUUGCAGGCGAAAUUGCAUAUCGCAUUAUAUUAUUUAUUAACAGUAGCAGGGAUCAGAUUUUAUAAAUACUCAGGAAUAUGAUUUGACUGCACUGCAUCACACAAAUUUUAAGAGAUCAAUGCUACAGUAUUUAUACGAUAUAAGGGUUCAACUUGACAGAUGUCGAAUUACUGAAGUAAACGUAUACAUAGUUUGUAAGGGUCAACUGAAUAACGUGCAUAUACAGUACUACAGAAGAACAAAAAUAGUACAGCUUAAUUUGGUGCCUCUUUUGUACAAAGAUUACGCUAACUUCACCCUACAAUUGUAAAAGGUAAUCAGAAAAAUUUGUUUAAUUAUGUAACACGAUAUUUAUGUUUUACCACCAUUUGUAUCGAGAAUAUCAUUUGCAAUCAUAAUUAUGUUUUAUACGAUCGUUAAUACUGUUUCUGCAGUUGAAUCGUACACAUCGAUUUUUGCACAAUAAUGGUAUAAUAUAAUUUUGUAGUUUCCUCGGUAGAUCCGAUUACCGACUAGAUAUAACCAUUUUAAUACUUAACUGUAGUAUGUAUGUACAUGUCGUAUGGAAACAUUAGGCUUAACAAUUAUAAAUUCAUAUAGUCACAAAUUACAAAAGCGUAUUAAUUGUACGGAAAGCAUUUUGUACAAAUGAAAGGUUAAUCAAUAUAUUUUUAAGUAAUUUAUAAUUUCAGUUUGCAUGGAAACCUAGAUAAACACAUCGUAUAAAUAAAAUUAUCUGUAACAAAGGUCAUGAUAAAAGAAAAAUAGACGUAUAGUAGGUACAUGCUUUUCCAGGAUGAUGUAUUACUAAACAAUUGCUGAAAUAUAUUAAAUGUGAGUCAAGUCCA